UACAGCUUGAAACGAAAGACGACUUUUCUCACAUCAAAUCCUCUUCUUCUGAUCUCAUUCAAACCCCCAAAGCUGCCUUUCGAUCAUCAAAUUGAUUUUCUGUGUUUCUACUUCGCGAGAUUCAAUUUCUGGGUUUACUCUGGAUUCGUAACAGAUGAAGAUCGGAGACUUGCUGUCGGAACUGCUUCUGUCUCUUCCAGAAGAUGUCUUUACUCUCAUCUCUCGUUUACUUUCACCAUCCGACGUUUGCAACCUAAGCCUAUGCUGCAAAACUCUCCGUGACCUUGUUGAUUCAGAGAAGAUAUGGCUUGUGCAGUGCGAAGUCGUAAAGGUUCUUCCUUUAUCCGAAAUAGUCCAAUGGCGAACAGGUAUCUCUUCUUACAAGGCUCUUUGUCGGUUUCUCGUAGAGGUAACGAAGCCUCUUGUUGGGGUUUGGGUUCACCAGAACCCUGAACUAGGGAAUGUUGUUUACGUGAUGUCUGGUUUCUUGUCUGUGAUUGGUUGUCGGAUCAUUCCGCAAGAAGUUGGUUCUUUGGGGAUCCAAGAAGGGAGGCUUCUGUGGUCGCCUGUGUUUGAGAUCGUCUCUGGUUUCGAUGGCUCGGCGAGGUUUUUCCUCCAUGGGAUAGAUAGAGAAAGCAGUUACUUGUACCCUGGUUUCGUUACUAGCAUUGACAAGUGUUGUAAUGUGCUUCUCCUUGAGGUUGAGCCCAAGAGACGAGAGAUUGAGAGAACGGAGAAGGUUCGGUUUCCUUUUUGUAAGCUACCUUUUUGCGAUAGAAGGAAGUUACUAUACUUGGUGACAGGCCAUGUAGGUUUACCAGUGCCUGAGCUAUCGUUGAAAGAUGAUAAAGCGACGUCGUUGGAACGCAGAACCAUGCUGCUUAAAAGACACAAGUUUGGUGGGAACUGGAGUCACAUGAGCCUGGAGGAUGAGUUUUGUUACGAUCCGAUUCAAGUGGAGAUAAAUGAUGAGUUGUGGACGCAUCUUGGUUACGGUGGAGAUUUUCGCCACGUGGACGAUGAGAUUCAGGUGCAGGGGACACAGAGGAAGAGUUUAAGCAAGUAUUUCAGAAUUGGGAUCAAGAAUAUCCUGAGGAGGUCUAGCUCAACUGGUUCGAGUUCUUCUUCGGCAAAGCAGCAAGCGUCUUGUAGCAGUGAGAUUAGACGUUUCAAUCUCCAAACGUUUCUUAGCUCUGGUGAUUUUGUAGGUCUUAGUGUUAAAGCUUCAAAGAUUAAGCUGACUUCUUACCGAGGUUGGCCAAGCAUGCACGAAACUCAUUUCGCUCUUUAUAAGCUACCAAUUAAGAUACCUGUGGAGGAGAAUCAAGAGUAUGCUGGCUUGUGGGGAGGAACCUUUGGCUGGCCACCUGGAAAAUGCACUGAAGAUAAACCUGGUAAGGCUCUUUUCUUACUGAUGCUCACUUAUGAAAAAUCUCAAGAUGGUAGUGAGAGACUUCUUGUCGGGACUAAAAUACUAGAAGGCACUCACUAUGUGAUGCAUCCUAAUGGAUCUGCAAUGUUUGUUGUAAAGAUUGGUUCGCCUACUUCUGAGGUCUUUCCUUUUGAUGACACAACAAAUGGAGAAGAAAAAUAUGGUUUUGAGUGUUGCUACACAGGAGAAGGUAUUGCAAAGGGUUAUGGUUUUCGGUAUCCUGGAUACAAACCGGGUUCACUUUUCGUGACAUCUAAAGGUCUUCUCAUGUUUGUUUGGAAAGAAACUAAAACUGUGUUGACGUUGCAAAGACUUAACCUGGAAGAGCUCUUGAAGAAAGGCGUGUGUGUAUCGCCUUUGCCUCCAUGUCUAAAUUUUACUUAUCUGACAAAAUCUCACACCAAUGUGUUUGCCUCAGGACAAAGAACAUCAUAGAAGGUUUCUUCAACAUACAUGUCUUGUCUCGUUUCCAUUAUAAUUUCAUUGUUGAAUGGGAAAACCACAACAUAAAAGUAUGCUUUCAGUAUAUGUAUGUACUAAGUAUAUAAAACAAUGUAUUGUUACGGUAACUAGAUUUGUGUCUGAAUUAAA